AUGGGUGGAUGCGUAUCGACGAUGGAUCGCCUGCCAGGCGAUCCAUUGGGGAAAGAGCAUUUGGGACCGGAGGGCAGGUGGUUCAAGAGGGAGUGUAAGAUGUUGUUACUGGGCUCUUGUGAUUCAGGAAAGAGCACCAUCGUGAAACAAAUGAAGAUUAUCCACCAAGGUGGUUUCUCCGACGCUGAGCUUGCAGAGUUCCGCCCAGUGGUGUACGAGACUGUUCUUCAGUCCACGCAGCAUGUUAUCCGGCACAUGCAGAAGAUUGGGAUAAAAUCUCAACAUUUGAUGAUGGACUACAAGAUUGAAAAAUACAAUUUUGAAGCGUCAUUCGUGCCGGAGAUUGCAGAGGCUAUACAUCAACUCGUCAAGGACCCGAAGUUACACCAGCUCAUCAAUGAACAGUCGAGCGAGUUCUACCUGAUGGAUUCAGCUCAGUACUUCUUAGGAGAAGUGCUGCGGAUAGGAACACCCGGAUAUCUCCCCAACAUUAGUGAUAUUCUGAGAGCACGACAGAGAAGUGUCGGGAUCACGGGGACACGGUUCAAUAUGGGCCAACUCUUAAUACACAUGUUCGAUGUAGGAGGCCAACGAUCGGAACGGAAGAACUGGAUUAGCUGUUUCGAGUCGGUGACGUCCAUCAUCUUCUGCACAGCCCUGAGCGAGUAUGACCAAGUCUUGUUGGAAGACAAAUCACAGAACCGGAUGGCAGAGUCACUAGUCCUGUUUGAGUCGGUUGUGAAUUCGAGGUGGUUCCUCCACACGUCAAUCAUCCUAAUAUUCAACAAGAUUGACGUGUUCAAGCAUAAGUUGGCAAAGGUUCCACUGGAGUGGUACUUUCCAGAAUACACGGGCGGCUCUGAUGUCAACAAGGCGGCCAAGUACAUACUAGCAAGAUUCAUGCAGGCAAAUAGGGCACAGUUGCGUGUGCAUCCACACAUCACCCAAGCCACGGAUACUACCAACAUCCGGCUGGUCUUUGCCACGGUCCAAAAAACAAUUUUGCAAAACGCCUUGAAGGAUUCUGGGAUCGUAUAG